AUGCUAGCCUGGAUGUACCACAAUGGCUACGACAACCACUACAACCACAGCUACUACCCCCAAUACAACCACAUCAACUACACACACUACAUCCAAAGCUACAACAACCACUACAACCACAGCUACUACACCCAAUACAACCACAGCUACUACACCCACUACAACCACAUCCACUAUACUCACUACAUCCACAGCUACGACAACAACAACUACUACACCCACAACAACCACAUCUACUACACUUACUACAUCCAAAGUUACAACAACCACUACAACCGCAGCUACUACACCCACUACAACCACAUCCACUACACUCACUACGUCCACAGCUACGACAACCACAGCUACUACACCCACUACAACCACAUCUACUACACUCACUGCAUCCAAAGCUACAACAACCACAGCUACUACACCCACUACAACCACAUCUACUAUACUCACUACGUCCACAGCUACGACAACCACAGCUACUACACCCACUACAACCACAUCUACUACACUCACUACAUCCAAAGCUACAACAACCACUACAACCGCAGCUACUACACCCACUACAACCACAUCCACUAUACUCACUACGUCCACAGCUACAACAACCACAGCUACUACACCCACUACAACCACAUCUACUACACUCACUACAUCAAAUGCUACAACAACCACUACAACCGCAGCUACUACACCCACUACAACCACAUCUACUAUACUUACUACGUCCACAGCUACGACAACCACAGCUACUACACCCACUACAAGCACAUCUACUACACUCACUGCAUCCAAAGCUACAACAACCACUACAACCACAGCUACUACACUCACAACAUCCAGUGCAACGACAACCACUAUAAGUACACCCGGUACAACCUCAUCAGGAUAUCAUCGUACUGCCGGCGUGAUAGCAGGCAUCACAAUAGGCACGAUUGCUGGGGUCUGCUUAUUGGGUGA